AUGCCACUCAAAAAGUUCGGAGAGAAGCUUAAAAGCUCCCUGCAUCACCUCUCGCCAAAGAGCAAGAAGCACGACGAGCCAGGAGACGGUGACCUCUCUCCGUGCAGCCUGCCAACUGUUGCAACAUCCCAGCAGCAACAACCAGUUCAGCAACCUGCCCCAGCAGUUCAGCAAAUCUGCAGCCCUAGUUCAGCCUGUGCAAACGAAACGAACAAGAUGACAGAAGACAAGCCCUCGCCUGGAAGCCUUGAGCAGCCCAAACCGCAGGAGGUCCCCGAAUCCAUGCGCAUUCAAACACCUGUGCCGUCACCUACAGUUAUUGAACCGGCUUCUUUGCCCCCAGAGAACGCACAGGCCACCUGCAGCCCGUGCGGGUGCGAAAACCCAACUCCCAGAUGGCAAGCAAACGCCGACAUCUUCCCAACUAUGUACUACCUCAUCAAGACCCACAAUAAGGAGCCCAUAAAUCAGAGCGUCCUGCUCGUCAAUCCUUCAAAAAGUGACAAGACGUUCAAUCUCCGCCUCAGCGGCGGCGCAAACGCCGCCCUCGAAAAGGAAUCAGCGAACAUCCGAGGUGACUAUGUGGAGCGGGUGAACCUAACAAUUACUCCAGAAAAUGAGAAGGAUGAUGUGUACAUCGACCUGCUCUAUGGCCAGAACUUGUACGACAAAAUCAGAGUGCAGACGCAACUACUGUAA